AUGUCCCUCUCCCGUGUGGAAAAUCCGUGUUUUCUGCUGUUUCUGUUUGUCUUCCAAGCGAUAUUUAUCCUGAUACUCUACCGAGGUGGACCUUCAAAUGUGUUUCGUGGGAUUUUAGACUCUCAUCAGCUUCUGGAUUACUCAAAAACUCACGAUGUGUAUACAAACCUCAGCUUGUUUACCCGAGCUCCUAACGAAGAAGCUAUGCGGUACUGCUCAGUCCAGUCACCGAUAUUUGUUGGUCCAUUAACCAUCACCUUCAGGACACUCCCUAGUGAAAGAAUGAUCAUCAAAAAAAAUCCUUUUGUUCAGCCUGGUGGCCGCUACAGGCCACCUCACUGCUUGGCCCGCUACAAGUCAGCCAUCCUUGUGGCCUACAGGAACCAGGAGAAGUACCUUCGCCAUCUGCUCUACUAUCUUCACCCUUUCUUGCAGCGCCAGCAGCUCAGUUACAGCAUCUACUUGAUUCAGCAGGUGGGGAAUGGUACAUUUAACCGGGCCAAACUGCUGAACGUCGGGGUCCGGGAAGCCCUGAAGGAUGAAGACUGGGACUGCCUUCUCCUGCACGAUGUGGAUCUGGUACCUGAGAAUGAUUAUAAUCUCUAUGUUUGUGACGAAUACUAUCCCAAACAUAUGGCUAGUGCCAUGGAGAAGUUUCAGUACACUCUGCCAUAUAAGUCCUUUUUUGGGGGUGUAUCUGCUCUGACUCCAGAACAUUACAUGAAGAUGAAUGGGUUUCCAAACACGUACUGGGGCAGUGGUGGUGAAAACGACGACAUUGCUGCAAGGAUUCAGUUAAAAGUCCGGACAUCACCGCACCUUGGUCGCUACAAAGUCAUGGACUACGCUGAAGAGACAGAGACACAAGAGCCUUGGAGAAGGCCUCCUUCCCACCACAACACCAGAAAAACAUGGAAAGAUGAUGGAAUGAAUUCAUUAGAAUUCAAGCUCCUUUCCAGGACGAAGCAUCCUCUUUAUACCAACAUCACUGUGGACAUUGGAUAUGUUCCCCCAUUUUCUUAA